AUGGGGAAGGUUACGAGGAAGCCGCAGGAGAAGCACAAAGCGUCGUUGUCCCCUGCGGUAACAGAUCUGGUCAAGCAGGUUUCGACAGUGCCCUUGGUCGACCUUCCGGGUGUCUUGGCUGCCUGGUCGCCGAGAUGGCCUUAUCCCCGUGGCGAUCUCAACAACUGGAUCGAACCUCUCGACCGUUUUGACAGCAUCCUCCAGUCCUUCAACUCGAGAUAUGGCUUGGACAAAGGCCCUCAGACAAUACCCUUCAACUCAUCACUGUUACUCGAGGGGAGCCCUGGGGUCGAUGAGCAGGGUUUGAAAGAGAGAGGAUUUGGUCCAGAGGGUGAUAGAGAACUGGUCGAAUCGGUUCUGGCCUUUUCGAAACUUCUGGUUGAAAAAUGUGCAAACCGCGCAGUCUACAAUAGCACAGACCGCUUGAAUGACUUGUUACAUACCACAUCGCUCUCCCUACUGCACAGCACUCUGCAAAUCACCUUCUUCCUAGCGCAGCGGUACGGAGGCAUUCGCCCCUCUCAUGGGCCAAAAUUUUAUGAUUUUGAUUUUGAGCGUAUCGAGAGACUGGCUUCGCCUUUCGGGCCACUUCCAGCGAAUGCUAAACGUGGACCACCAUCUCCAGUCAAGACCAAGUCCAAAGAGAAAGUUCAGCACAACGGCAGCAAACCGAGGCGUGGCUCCACUGCAUUCAAUCCAAACGACUUUCGUGCCCUCUGCAAGGAAUCCCCACAGCAUGGCGACCGCGGGAAAUCUUCAUCAGCCGGACUUGAUCGAGAUUGGUCUGCAUGGGCUCACCACGUCAGAGUCUGGUGGGAAACCUCAGGCUCCGAACCCGAGGCUGCCUCUGUUGAAGCCUCGCAAUCGUUAGAAACCUCACCCACCCCGACACGCAGCCGACCAUUGUCGACGGGCCCUGGCACGGCAAAUACCAACGGCUCUUCCAAUGACAUUGGCAGUAGUAGAAUUAUCCAUGCACCAGGUGAAAAAGAGAAGAGUGUGAAGAUACUCGAAUUCUCUCCCUCGGAUCUAUCAGCCACCACUAUUGAGACGAUCUUGCACAACCACCUGGCUGACGACAUGCCGCCCAAGGUUCGAUACGAGCUGCUGCACCAGCUUCGUGUUGCCUAUGCUUUGAUCACCUCCUCGAGUAGUCGCAAGGAGCUGUUAGCAGUGCGGCUCUUGUCCAUCGCUAGUCUGGCCAAUGUCUUUGGCGAACCAGACCUCACUCAGAAACUGUUCUCGGAGGAGAAGCCUCAGGAAUUCAUCCAGCAAGUUGUGGGUCUUCUUCAUGACACAAAGAAGUCCCACCCUAGUGUGCCCAUCUAUCUUCAAACUCUGGCCAUGGAGACAAUGUCGUUCCUGGCACACUCGAAAUCUUUCGCUUCCGAGAUUCAUGCUGCAUUGGGUGCAGGAUCAAGCCAGGGGCUCCUUUCUCAACUGAUACAAAAGGGCCUGAGUGAUAUUGCUCAGGAGCAUGACCAUACAGAUGACGUGUUUGGGGACGAUUGGAGAGACGCGAUCUUUUCGUUGCCGAGGACGCUCAUUGAGGUUACUGGUCACCACGGACGCUCUAGCGAGGCGGUGAUAGCUUCGAGCUUUAUCACCUCAUACCUUACCGGCUUCAGUAUUACAACCGCCAAAGCCAUGAGGGUCCACCUGCGGAUGCUUGACUUUAUCAAGACGUUCUUCCAUCACUUCAAAGAUGGUCUCGCCACUUUGUUAAGUAACAAUGCUUUUGAGGCUAUCUGCAAUCUCUUGAGCACUCUUGUGACAAGUGCUUGGGAUCUUCUCCAGGCAGGCCAAGGGAUACCGGCUCAGCAUAAGACGCGGGCUACGGACUACGAAAUCCCUUAUAUGCAUCAGCAAAUAAUCCGAUCCAUCAUUGACAUGAUCAACGAUAUCAGCGGUCAUCAGGGUCAGCAGGCUGAUCGAGUGCUGAGAAGCCUGGUCGACUCUCAGGCUUUGCUCCGUGCCUUUCGGCUCAUUGUCGACCAUCUGACUGCUUUCGGUGCGCACACAUGGAGCGAAGUCAUCAAGGCCAUCUGGGGAUUUCUCCACAACGAGCCCACAAGCUAUGCAGUGAUAUCCGAAGCAGGUAUUAUUCAGAGCAUUCUAAACACAGUCAAUCCGUCACCAAACCCGUCAGAAACUCCAGCGAAUCAGAAGCGGUCAAAUUCAAUAUCGUCGGUCCCUGAAAAUCGACCACAAGGUAUUCCACCCGUGGUUGAUGCAAUUGUCAAUGUCUCUCAGGUAUUCGGCGCCAUUUGUCUUACGAGUGCUGGUUUCGACCUGUUCAAAUCCUCCGGUGCUCUGGAGAAGUUCUUCGAGAUCUUCGAGUCACCUGCCCAUGUGAAGGUCCUCAACGAUGCAAGCAUGCUGGCUAUGCUUGGUUCGACAUUCGAUGAGCUCAUCAGACAUCAUCCAAACUUGCGGACUUCCGUUUUGAGUGCGGUGAUGAUAAUGCUUGGUCGCGUGCGUCAUAUAGGCAGGUCGCUCUCCGUCAACUUUGGUGCAGGAGCAAAGCUGUGGCUUGGUACAGAGGAUGAACUUGUUCCCUGCGGUGGACGCGAGGCCCUGUCAUUGGAGAUUCUACCAGCAGUUUCAAGCAAUGCUGAUGAACCCAUUCCUGCCAGAAAGAUUGACCUGCCGAAUGGUGACAAAUUGAUUCUGGAGGAUGAGAUGCUUCCCCCGAGCACUGUUACCGGAAGACCGAGCGAUCAAGAUGGCAAUGGGCUGAAAGCUAGUGACUACGUGAGACCUGCGAUUGCGUUCUUGAUGGCUUUCUUCGAGCACCAGGCUCAUUGCACUAGCUUUUUGGACCAUGGUGGCUGUGACCUUGUCUUGGACUUCAUCACAUUGCCCAGCCUGCCGGUUGCAACACAACCCUUUGACCGACACGGUGGAAUGUUCCAAGAGCUGGCCGCGGCAGUUCACAUGAUGGCGGAGACCAAACCGCACAUUGUACUUCCAGCACUUGUCGACCGCGCGCGUUUUGCUUUGAAAGCCGCGCCAGGUACCACCGGGACAGGCAAGGGCCCUGCUCCGCAGCUGUCAGACGUGGAGUUAAAUGGAACUCGCCUAGUCAGAAGCAUGAUGGCGGUCUUUUGUCUGGCGCAGGUGCUAAGCGAGAUCUUCAACAUUCCGAUUUAUAACCAGAGACACAUGCAUAACUUCCUGUUCGGGUCAGUGAACCUAGAGGAUGUUUUAGCCGACAUUGCUCAAAUGAUGGGAGCGAUAUCAGCUGCCUGUUGUCGCGAGGAUGUCGCGCUCCAGCGCUCAAUCCCCGAAUCCUGGAUCUCGGCAACACGCCCAGAACACUUCUCGACUGGUGACGAUGAAGUCGAUAAACUUUUGAGUGUUCGCGACAUCACGUCUCGCCAUACAGGGCUUUCGACACCUGAAACUGGCGAGAAUAAAGCAAUCUCUGGGUCAGACUCCGCUACACUGAGUAAGGAUCGACAAACACCAUUCUUCAAGAACGUCCAGACUCUACGCUUUCUCUUGAUCGAAACUCCUGCCGCCAUCACCGAUUUCCUGUGUCGACUUGGCCGCAACAUCGCUGGCCGGCGUCGCCCAGACACCUUCUCCAAACAGAAGACGUCCUUAGUGGCAAAUGCUCUCGCCUCCGCCUAUUUGGCACAACUUCGACCAUACUUCCUCAAUCCGAAAUCUCCGCAAAACGGUGGCGCCGAGGAUACCGAACCCCGCUUUACUUAUCUUGUGAUCGCUCUAGAUAACGUCCGGGGCAGCUUCUACGACGACAGCAGUUCGUCAUCAGGGCCCAUCGCGACACAUCCAGCCCGUCAAGGUUUUGUCGUCGAGGCGUUUCGCAAGGCUGGCGGUAUCAAAACUCUGACGGAGAUCGGCACAGAGUUUUUCGACAAAUUGAAGUCCUGCAAAGUGGAGCAUGCCAUUUUCUCUGCCAAUACGGGUCUCAAAAUCUGUCUCGAUAUCCUGGAGGUAUUCACCGAUUCAAAAUGCAUCAUGGAAUCGGCACAGUCGAACAACAUGAAGACUAUAGACCCUUCGAGACAAUACUACUUUGUUCCUGCUCAAGUAUUACUCAACUUACGGAUGGAAGCACUUCCGCUCGCGCGAUUGAUAUGGGCGAGUGAAUACGCGGACCAAGCAUCCAAAGACGUUGUGCAGAAGCUGAUCUCGAUCUUGAAGCAUGUAUUCACUGGUGACCAUGAGAUGGAAGCAGUGCAGUCUGACGGUGGCCACCCUACUCUUGCACCCUUUGUGCCAAAGCGACCGGAGUUUGACCCUUCAAAGGUCAACACUUUGAAAGAGAAAGGCUACAGUGAGGAUCUCGUACGCGAGGCUCUUUACCGCUCCAAUUCGCAAGCGCCAAAUACCUACACGCCAGCUGAAGAGUACUGCCGAGCACUUUUAGCCAAUCCUCGCCGGAGGCGACUGCCAGCCCCUGAGAGAGACAGCGACACUGCGACUGCUCCUAGCAAUAUUUCUGGCGCUGUGACUCCGCCGGCAAACUCAAAUUCAUCUUCUGGUUGGGUCUCGCUGGGCACGAUUCACACUCUACUUCCGAAUGCACAUCAAGCGCCAGACGACAACGAGAUGGAAGACGUCACCACCUCUAGUCAAAACACUUCCGCGUCGAGACCUGCGGAUAAUGCCACGACGAGCGUUUCUUCCGCCAUGGACAUCAGUAACCUUCUCAAUAGUGACACUGAACCUGAACCCGUGGUACCACAACCUUCCGAGGCAGAUCUGCCACGGAAUUACUCUGUCCAAUCGAUCAACGAACAGAGGGCACUCAUCAGAGAGGACCUGGCUGAGCGGUGCAAUAAUAUUCUCGACAAUCACCCGAACUUGACCUUCGAGCUGUCUGACUUGAUCAUGAGUGCAACAAAGAAAUUGGGCGAAGAUCAAGCCAAUGAGUUUUGGAGAACUACCUUGGAUCUUCUGACUAGUUCACUACUAUCGAUGCAAGACGAAGAUGAUAUUAACGAAUCCCGCGGAAAGAAAAUCGCCGCCGCAGCACACCUGGUAGCUCUCCUUAUCCAGGAUGGAGAAGUGUUCAAAGAGACACUCAAUAUAUUCCAGGACUCGUUCGAAGGCAUCCUUUCGUUUUUACAACUUCCGGCAGCGGAUGGACGGGCUGAUGAAGGCUCCUUUCCAUGGGUUGCGCCUAUCUUGCUGAUUAUUGAGAAGAUGCUGUCCAAGGACUGUGAGCCGGCAGUAGUCAAGUGGGAUAACCCGACGGACCUUGAUUCUGUCACAAAGGCUGUGCUGACACCGGUUGCUGUGUUCGAUAUGGAUGACAAACUGAAGCUCUUCGAAGCACUCGUGAACCUGCUUCCUCGCGUUGGCAAAGACAAAGGCAUGGCUUUAGCCAUCACUAGAGUUCUAGUUCCUCUUACAAGAACUCGAGAAGUUGCCAGCAGGUUGGCUGAGAAACGGAACCUUCAGAGACUCUUCCUCAUGGUCAAGCAACUUACCAAUGGGGUGGGACAUCGCCUACAAAGCUGCUUCAUGCUCAUUCUGCGACACAUUGUCGAGGACGACGCAACCCUGAAACAAAUCAUGCGCAGUGAGAUAAAGCUUCUAUUCCACUCUCGCAGCACGGCACGGCAACCAGACACAAACAGUUACAUUCGUGAGCUGUACCAUCUUGUCCUGCGAUCGCCAUCUGUCUUCGUCGAGACGACAAAUGAGCUUGUCAAAUUGUCUUCGUGGCAGCCGCAUGCUACAGGUGUGGCUGCUCUGGUAUUGAAGGAUACUCUAGUGCUGAAGGAGACCAGUGGGUCCAAGGCAACCGACCAAGACGAAGGUGCCCAAAGUCAACCAAACGAAGACAGCACAGUGGAUGGCACGCAGCCAGCAGCCAGCGUUGAAAACGCGCCAAAUCCCAACGAAGAGGGUAGCAAAGGCAAGGUGCCCGAAUUGAAGCCUCCAACUGUCGAGCAUCCGGAUGGAGUCAUUCACUUCAUUCUAUCUGAAUUGUUGAAUUACAAGGAUGUUGAGGAUAAAGAUCCCCCUGCCCAGGUUUCGGGCACUCCAACUGUGAAUGGAACGUCAAAUCUUAACCAACACACCGUUACAGCAAGUUCGUCUGAAGGCCCUGCCAUUGACGGUUCGCAGCCGAAAUCUGAGAAGGCAAAGUUCAAGCCCGAGGAGCACCCAAUCUUUUCCUACCGCUGUUUCUUGAUGUACAAUCUGACCGAACUUCUGCACUCUUAUAACCGCGCAAAGAUUGAGUUCAUCAAUUUCUCUCGCAAGGCUGACCCAAUGGCGGGUACGCCAUCGAAGCCACGUUCUGGGAUUCUCAACUACUUCCUCACCGGACUGAUUCCAUCCUGUUAUGUGGACAAGGAAGAUUCUCUCCAAUUCAAGAAGAAAUUGCUCACAAGUGAUUGGGCUAUCCGAGUGAUUGUUGCCCUGUGUUCUAAGACAGGGGAAGCGGGUAUGACUGUUACUGCGCAACGAUACUCCACACAGCCACAAAUCGAGGACGUUGACGACGAACCAGACCUGACAUUCGUGCGCCGCUUUGUCCUCGAGCACGCCAUCAAAGCGUACAAGGAUGCCAUUUCUUCGAACGAACCACUUCAGAUGAAGUACAGUCGAUUGCUGUGUCUCGCUGACAUGUUCAAUCGUCUCUUGACAAAGCCCUCCGUCCCAGAAGGCUCUGCUGGCUCCCAGAAUACUUCCUACAAAGUCCUUUCCAGGAUGAUGUUUGAGAAGAAUCUUAUCUCAGUCUUGACCAGUUCGCUCACAGAAAUCGAUCUUGCAUACCCUGGCUCCAAGAGAGUGAUUAAGUUCAUCCUGCGCCCACUACAGGAGCUCACCACAUUAGCAACCCAACUAAGCGUCACGUCGCCGGACCUUUUGAACUCCGUGGUGGGAAACAUGCCUGAAGACGUCAUUUCGUCUGCCUCGUCGGUAUCGGAUGUUGAUGAAGAGCGGGAAGAAACACCUGAUCUUUUCCGAAAUUCUGCGCUCGGUUUGCUGGAUCCUAAUCGGGAUCCUGGCUCGGACUCUGCGACGGAUGAAGAAGAUGAAGACGAGGAGAUGUAUGACGAUGCGUAUGAGGACGAAAUGGAGUACGAUGACGGCAUGGUUGCCGGUCCGAACGACGACGAAGCAGUCAGCGAUGAAGAAGAAGGUGAAAUGGGGCCAGAUGGUGAAAUAGAGGGCCUUCCAGGUGAUGUACCAAUGGACAUCGAAUUCGUUGUGAACGAUCCUCACAUGGAUGUCGACUCAGAUGAAGAUGAAGAUGAUGAGGAUGACGACGAGUCCGACGAAGACGACGAGGACGACGACGAUGACGACGACGGCGAAGACUUUGAAAUUGGUGAAGACGACGAUGCCGGUGAAAUCAACGCUGAUGACGAAAACAACAGUCUCAAUGAAGGGCCCGAGGACGAGGAAGGCGAAUGGGAAGACGAAGAUGAAGACGAAGACGACGACGAUGACGGCGAUGAGGCAGAAAAUGCUGGUGGACGACAUCGCAUCGCUGGGUUCGAUCACGAUGAGUUUUCCUUCCCUGGAGGUAUGAUGCCCGUUGCUGUAGUACAGGGUCACGACAAUGGCCCGCCCGCGUCGGCAGGUGUCCUCAGCAACUUGCUUCGGGUCUUGGGUGACCACGACCUUGAUGGUUCGAUGGGCGAUCGGUCAGAAGAUAGGUCUCCGCCACUCAGGAUAACCGCCCGUCGUAGUCGUCCUUCAAUCGAUCCAGGCGUCGUUCCACCUCCAGGAAUAACUUUUCCAGAGGAAGAGGACGAUGAUGAUGAGGACGAGGACGACGAGGACGAAGACGAUGAAGAUGGCGACGAUAUGGACGAGAAUGACGGAUUGGAGUACGGUGACUUUGAUCACUUACUUGGUGGUGCCCGUGAGAUCAUCGACCACACCCAUUUGACAUGGGACCAUCCGCCUCUUAUGCGGCGGCAUCGUCCACUUGCUGGCUCGGUCUGGAAUUCCCUUACUAGGCGGAUUGAAGGCCGUGACGAUCUGAAUCCACCAGGCCGCUCGGGCCGUAUAUCGGGACAUGUGAGGUCUGGCGAUGAUGGCACAAACCCUCUGUUACGAAGGCCUCAACCAGAGUCUCGACAGAGAACAGAGCACCUUGGUACCAGCAUUUUCUUCCCGUCCGCGAUGCAGAUACCAGGGAUCCCUCCCUUCCAUCAACCUAUUCAAGCAACCCUCCAUGCGGUUGAUCCACGCGGAAUAGGCGGACAUGGAGCUGUACUUGACGCCAUUUUCUCGGCUCUUCAGCGUGGCGAGAUAGGCGAAGGACAGGUUCGGCUUCGCAUUCCCGCUCCUCUUACAGAUUUCCGCGAUCCCUGGCGAUCAUCUGGGUGGGAUCCCCGCCAUCACCGUCAUGCUUCCCGCGAAGACUCCCAGCGCGGUAACAACUUUGUUCCCUCACCGACUAUGGCACGUUGGCAAGAGGAAGUACGACUUCUCUAUGGCACUACCUAUAUAGAGAAGAUCCAGAGGGUUCAAUUGUGGCUCAUGUCGGUCAUGGUUCCCUUCGCUCAGCAAGAGGAAAAAGAACUCAAACGGAAGCGAGAACAGGAGCAGAAGGCAGAACGGGAAGAAAUGGAAAGAUUGAAGGUGGAAGCAGAACGUCGCAAGAAAGAGGCUGAGGAACGCGAAGAAGAGCGUUUGCGGGUUGAGGCCGAAAUCGCUGCAGCUGUCGAAGCUGAUGCCCAAGAAGAGGAUGUUGAGCAUGAAGUUGGUGACACUGUUCCUAUGGAGGAUGUACAAGAUACGGAAGUAUCGAACGCGCAAGAAACCCCUGACAACGCGGCUUCGACUUCGACAACGACUGAAGCGCAGCCGCGUGUUUUCACUACCAUUCGAGGCCGGCAAAUCGACAUCACAGGGCUUGCGAUUGAUAUUGAGUAUUUGGAAGCCCUACCAGAAGAACUCCGCGAAGAGGUCAUCAUGCAGCAGUAUGCUACUCGCCGUGAAGAAGCUCGUCAAGAAGGGGCUAGUACGUCUGGCAUUGAUCCAGACUUCCUCAACGCUCUCCCAGAAGAGAUCCGAGAAGAGAUACGGCAACAGGAAGCCCAUGCACAACGCCGACGGGAGCGUGAAGAAGCUCGCAGACAAGCUGCAGCCAACGGAGGACACGCGCAGGCGGAAGACAUGGACAACGAUAACUUCUUGGCCACCCUUGAUCCUGCAUUCCGUCGUGUGAUAUUAGCAGAACAGCCCCCGGAGGUCUUGCGUCAGCUUGAUCCUCGUCACGCUGCAGAAGGUCGGGCACAUGCCAGACGUCUGUAUCAAUAUGUCCGGAAUGAUGGAGACGGGCGUGACGAUCGACACGGCGAAGACGCAGGUCAACGCGACGGCAAGCGGCAGAUUAUUCAGAUGGUUGAGAAGUCUGGAGUGGCAACUUUGUUGCGACUCAUGUUCUUACCACAACAAGGUUCGCUUCGCACAAAUCUAUGGCAUGUCCUACGCAAUAUCUGCGGCAACCGACAAACUCGAUCCGAAGUCGUCAAUCUCUUACUCCUCAUUCUCAAAGAAGGUUCAACGGAUGUGUCGGCUGUUGAGCGCAGUCUAGCCAAUUUAUCCUUGAGAGCAAAAGCCACUGUUGGCCAGAAGACGCCUCAGCCACUCAAACGUACGCUCUCGCUGCAGCCUGCAGGUGGCAUUAGCAAUGAGGUCACCCCUCUUGUGGUCGUGCAGCAGUGUCUUUCCGCCCUGAGACAGCUUUGCCAGAGCAAUUACCACACUCGGACUAUCUUUAUCCGGGAAAGUGACGCCAGUCUGGCCUCCAAGAAGGGUAAAGGAAAAGCCAAGGAGGUCAAGGCAGCCAGAUAUCCUAUCAACGAUCUAAUCAGCCUCCUCGACCGCAAACUGAUCGUGGAAAGUUCGUCGUGCCUUCAAUCACUUGCUGAGCUUUUAUCGGCCGUGACUCAGCCUUUGCCGAAUCUUUUGAAGAAGGACAAGGAGAAGGUCGCCGACGAAGAGAAGCCGACUGAGCCUGAGGGCAGGACCACAGAGGAAGCAAUUUCCGCCAGUGCAUCGACUGAAGCAGCUCAACCAGCUCGAAUAGAUGCCGAUGUCGAGAUUCAAGAUGCUCCGGCUCCUGUUGCUACCAACGAAGCGACUGAAGCUUCUGCAAGUGUGGCUGAACAACCCGAGACUGCUGAGACUGGCACGAAUGACAAUGCAGAAAUUAGCAAUGACGACUUGACGACCGAAGGCGCCAAAUCAAAGAAGGCUUUCGAACCGCCCGAGGUUUCAGAACACAAUUUACAACUCGUUGUGAGCAUCUUCGUUGCUCCGGAAUGCAAUAGCGACACGUUCCACUCUACCUUGGAGACGCUGUCGAGCCUGUCAUGCAUUCCCGGUACCUCGGCCGUCUUUAGCAAGGAGUUGAUUCAUCACAUCAAAGAACUUUCGGAAUCCAUCUGCAAAGACCUAGAGGAGCUGAUUCCACAACUCAAAGAAGCGCAGUCGAUCACUGACCUCCACGUGCUCUCGUCGACAAAAUUCUCCCAUGGUGGUUCCGACCAAGUCAAGCUAUUGCGAGUUCUCCAGGCAUUGGACUAUCUAUCCGCGCCUAAGGCGGAGAAUGAAGAACCCGAGGGAAAUGCGGUGGCAAAGAGCAUCCUUACUUCUUCGUACGAAAGCCUUGCACUUAGACCGCUGUGGAGCAAACUGAGUGAAUGUUUAACAACGGUCCGCGAAAAGGACAACAUUACCACCUUUGCUACAAUAUUGCUUCCACUCAUCGAGUCGUUGAUGGUGGUCUGUAAGAAUACCUCACUCAAAGACUCUGUUCUGGCUCGCCAGAUCAGAGAACAGGUACCUGGAAGUCCUGCGCCGGAGGCUAUGGAUGACCUCCAAGAACUGUUUUUCAACUUCACAACCGAGCAUCGGAAGAUCCUCAACGAUAUCAUCCGCCAAUCUCCCAAGUUGAUGCAAGGAAACGGAAGCUUCAGCCUCUUGGUUAAGAACCCCAAAGUCCUCGACUUUGACAACAAGCGAGCCUACUUUACCAAGCAGAUUCACUCUAGAUUGCACCAGCAACGUCAUAUUCAACCCCCUCUACAGCUCAACGUCCGCCGCAGCCAAGUGUUUCUCGAUUCUUACAAGGCCUUGUACUACAAAUCCGCCGAGGAGAUGAAAUAUGGUAAACUCAAUAUUCGUUUCAACGGCGAAGAAGGCGUUGAUGCAGGUGGUGUCACUCGAGAAUGGUUUCAAGUUCUUGCUCGAGGCAUGUUCAAUCCAGAUUGGGCCUUGUGGCAACCUGUGGCAGCCGAUCGCACCACAUUCCACCCUAACCCGCUCAGUUGGAUCAAUGGUGAACACCUUCUUUACUUCAAAUUCAUCGGACGCAUCAUUGGAAAGGCCUUGCACGAGGGCCGUGUUCUUGAUUGUCACUUCAGCCGGGCUGUUUAUAAGCGACUUCUUGGGAAGGAACCUAAUUUGAAAGAUCUCGAGUCUAUGGAUCUUGACUACUACAAGAGUUUGGUGUGGAUUCUGGAGAACGACAUCACCGACGUCAUCACCGAAGACUUCUCUGUGGUUGAAGAGCAAUUUGGCGAGGAAAAGAUUGUGGACCUUGUUCCGAAUGGCCGCAAUAUCCCCGUGACGGAGGAGAACAAGAGAGAAUACGUCAAUGCCCAAGUUCGGUAUCGCCUCACCACAUCAGUAAAGGAGCAGCUUGAGAAUUUCGUCAAAGGUUUCCAUGAUAUCAUCCCAGCAGAGCUCAUCGCCAUCUUCGACGAACAGGAACUCGAAUUGCUCAUCUCUGGAUUGCCAGAGAUCGAUGUGGACGAUUGGAGAGCCCAUACCGAAUACCACAACUACAAUGCCAACAGUCCUCAAGUUACAUGGUUCUGGCGCAUUGUCCGCGGUAUGAGCAACGAAGAACGGGCGAAAUUGUUACAAUUCGUCACUGGCACCAGCAAAGUUCCUCUCAACGGCUUCAAGGACCUUGAAGGCAUGCAAGGGAAUACGUUGUUCAGUAUUCACAAGGAUCCAAGUCAAUCUCGCUUACCGACGAGUCACACUUGUUUCAAUCAGCUGGACUUGCCUGCUUACGAUGACUAUGAUACUCUCAAGAACAACUUGAUGACGGCAAUUGAUCUCGGCGCUGAUUAUUUCGGGAAAGCUGGUGCUAGCAAGAAGGCUGCCAAGAACCCUCUCCUCGAGAGACGUCCACGAAACUUUGGCAUCGGUCAAGAUGUGCAGCCCAAGCGCAACCUGUCGCGCAUGGUCAAAUGGCCAGAGUACGUCCGCCUCCAACGCCAGAAGAAGAUCUUGAACAUGCGCCUCAAGGUGCCACCUGCGAUCGCCCAGUUCCAGCACACCCUCGAUCGAAAUACCGCGGCACAGACCUUCAAGCUACUCAACAAGUACCGUCCUGAAACCAAGGCACAGAAGAAAGAGAGACUGCACCAGGAGGCGACCGCCGUCCAGGAGGGCAAGAAGAAGGAGGACGUGAGCAAGCAGAAACCCUACACAGUCAAAUACGGCCUCAACCACGUUGUCGGUCUUAUUGAAGCCAAGAAGGCAUCCCUCGUGCUGAUCCCUAAUGAUGUGGACCCCAUCGAACUUGUCGUCUUCCUCCCUGCCCUCUGCCGGAAGAUGGGCAUCCCAUACGCCAUCAUCAAGGGCAAGGCUCGCCUUGGCACCGUCGUGCACAAGAAGACUGCCGCCGUGCUGGCUCUGGCCGAGGUCAAGAGCGAGGACAAGUCGGAGCUGUCCAAGUUGGUCAACGCCAUCAACGAGGGCUACACCAACAAGUACGAGGAACACAGAAGACACUGGGGUGGUGGAAUCAUGGGUGUCAAAGCUGUUGCACGGAUGGAUAAGAAGAGGAAGGCUGUUGAGAGCGCCAUCAAGAUCUAA